CGCUUUUCUCGAUGCCCCAAGUGAACGUUGGAGAGCAAUGGCGGCGUGCCGGGGAUCUUCGUCGAAAUGGUUUUUCACCCGGGAGCAGCUCGAAAGCACGCCGUCUCGCCGAUGUGGAGUAGAACCAGACCGGGAACUUUCCUAUCGACAACAAGCUGCGAACCUGGUGCAAGAUAUGGGUCAACGACUCAACGUCUCGCAAUUAACAAUAAAUACCGCCAUUGUUUACAUGCAUAGAUUUUAUAUGCAACAUUCUUUCACCAAAUUCCACAGGAAUAUAAUAUCUCCGACAACCUUGUUCUUGGCUGCGAAAGUGGAGGAGCAACCUCGGAAACUGGAACAUGUGAUCAAAGUAGCACAUGCUUGCCUGAAUCCUCAAGAGCCGCCACUAGACACAAAAAGCAAUGCAUACCUCCAGCAAGCUCAAGAGCUGGUGAUACUUGAAUCCAUAGUGCUGCAGACCCUGGGCUUUGAAAUUACUAUUGAUCACCCACACACUGAUGUGGUGAAAUGUUCCCAGCUAGUGCGAGCAAGCAAGGAUCUGGCACAGACUUCCUAUUUCAUGGCUACCAACAGUCUACACCUCACUACCUUCUGCCUCCAGUACAAGCCCACUGUGAUUGCCUGCGUUUGCAUUCACUUGGCCUGCAAGUGGUCCAACUGGGAGAUCCCAGUUUCCACUGAUGGAAAACACUGGUGGCAGUACGUGGACAAAUCUGUCACACUUGAGCUGCUGGAUGAUUUGACCCAUGAAUUUCUGCAGAUUCUGGAGAAGACGCCAAGCCGGUUAAAAAGGAUACGCAACUGGAGGGCAACACAAGCUGCCAAGAAGCCCAAGACUGAAAGCUCCCAGUUGUCGGACAACUCCUUUGCUGGGCCUUCCAUGCUCCAUGAUCAAGGUGAUGCCUGCUCCACCACCAACCCAAGUUUUUCUAAAGCAGGCUCCAUCUUCACAGUGUCCAUGCCUGGCCAAUCCGGAGAUGGACCUUUGUCUUUGGACACUUUGGCUGGUACAUACAAUCCAGCUAGCCACAGUGAUUGGCCCCAGAGCAACCAGACCCAGGCAGGGUACCCCUCCACCUGUAUAAAACAAGAACCCCUCAGUAUCUCUAUCCAAGAGUCCACCUCUUCUUUGCUUCAGCAUCCGCCACUAUACAGGACUGAGAAAACAGACUUCAACCCUGUCAAACAGGAACAAAAAGGUGUUGGUGGGAGCAGUGUGGGCAAGCUACAGCCACCACCUCAGUCUGCAUACCCUCCACUAGCUCCUCCACCCCAACGUUCACCAGCUCAGAAGCUAUCGCUGGACAAAUAUAGAGAGAAACAUGCCGCAGAGCUGGUUGUUUCUGGGCAGAAGCGCAGUCAGGAACAGCAUGGGGGAGCUAUGGACUGUGAUGUGAGGGGGGAUAGUUUGUCUUCCUCCUCUUCUAACUAUGCACCAUCUACUACAAGCCAAGUAGACCAUAGAAAACACUCACAGCCCCACCAAACCUCCCUUGGCGGUGGUGGUCUUUCCACUGCCUCCCCAGUCAAAAUGAAAGUCCCUUCUUCCUCCACAUCAGGGCAAGACAGACGUCAUCACAGUGAAAAACGGGACAAGGGCUCACUAAAACUCCGUCUGGCUGUUCCUGGCGGUAGCUCCCAGCUGGAUAAAAGCGGACAAGCGAGCAAAGAUGAGCUUAAGAUGAAGAUCAAAGUUUCGUCAUCGGAGCGGCACAGCUCUUCAGAUGAAGGAAUGGGGGCAAACAACAAGAGUAAACAUUCCAGCCCUCUGGUGAGCAAGGAGAAACAACAUAAAGGAGCUGAUUACAACCUCCAUCGCCACCAUAAGCACAGUCAUCCACACACACACAGCGGAAAUGGACGUGGAGGCCCAGAGGGUCCAGGUGGCGGGGGAAGCCUGCUUCGAGGUCCUCCAGGGUUGAUGGGCAUGGAAGGGACGGCGCUUGCUCCUGGAUCCACCUCUUUACCUUCAUCCUCAUCACGAAGGAGGGCACACCCAGAUGCCAGCCACAACCAUCACCCUUCCUCCUCAUUCGUCACUUCCUGCUCCAAAGUGAGCAAAAUCUCCAAGGGUGGCACUGGUGCUGCAGGUACUACAACUUUUUCUCUCCCCUUUCCUCCUCCUUGCUCCUCUCCUGUACUGCAGUGUGUCUCGUCUGGCUUGCAGCUCUAUGGCUAACCUCCCUCCCCCUUCUCCCUCUUCCUCCUCCUUAUUCUUGUUUCUCCUCCUCCUCCUCCUCCUCCCCCCCUCCUGUCACACCCAGGUGGGCUGCGGACCUCUCAGCAGUACCCGCCUCCUAGUGAAUCGCCACAUGAAGUGGGAGAGCAGAGACACUGAUUCCACCACUCUUCAGCCAUGGUCAGCUCAUGGAAAUGGCAACAAACUACCCAGAGUUCUCUCUGAAGACUAUGCUCACCUCCCUGUUAAGUGCCCUAAAAAACUCAAUGUGAUUAUAAACCCUUUACUGAAAGGCAGAAAAAUGUAUCUGCAAAAAAAGUAUUGUUGGACUCCUCAAUUUUUGAGAGACAAGAAAGAUGAAAGAUUAUGCUUCCUGACUGUCAGAUCUCUGGGUCGUGAUGCUCAAAUCUGUCUUUUUGUUUAGUGUGUUGAAUUGCUGCUCGGUUCUCCUUCCUCCUCAAGUGAGUCUAGGAAUGUGCAAGGAUGGGCUUGAGCGUUUCACAGUCAACCCAAGUCCCUACCUACAUUUCAAAUCUGCAUAUGGGAAAAAGUAUUAGUAUGUAGUACAAAGGCAUAAAAGAUGCACUUGUUUCAUUCUAUUUUUUUUAAACAAAUAAUUUAAUUGAAUCAUUAUUACGGUUGAAUGGAGGACGCCGGUGGCCAGAUGGAGAUGAGUUCAAGUUAUUUUUGCUGGCAUUCCAUUUAGUACUGUUGAUGGAUGCAUAUUUUUUGUAGGUGUAAAGUUUCAUCUCCUCAAUUACUUUCUUGUGUUGAUUUCUUUUUAUACUAAAGUGAUGUGCGUAUGAUUUGCAUGUUUCAAUCAUCAAAGGGAUUUGAAAGGAGAUUGCGUACUUGCUGUUUACAGAAAGUUAAGAUAAAUGUGCAUACGUUUUUGUAUGUUUAAAAAAAAAAAGAUUCUAUACCAUGACUACUCAGGUUUUGAGCUGCUUGUAAGUAUAACAAGAUAACUAUAAUACCUAUAAAAACCUUUAUUUUGUUGAUCAAAGGACUGGGCAUCAUCAGUUGAAUGAUUGCAGCAUUCCAGUGAUUGUGCUUCUCACAGCCUUCCUGUAGAGGGUGCUGUAAUGUGCUGUUCCACCACAGGAAAGAUCUGUUGAUGCCCUCAGUAACACUGGCACAUCCAACACCAAUUUUACCACAUCACAGCAAUGCAGCUUGUACCAAAAAAUAUUUUUUUGGACCUCUAAGUAGACCUUAAGCUGGAUGCCAAAGGUUGUGCCUCAAUUUAAAAAUCAAAGAUAUUAGUAGUGUGCUAUUAAAGUUUACAUAACCCCUUUGACUUUGAAGUGCAUCCAACCUAAUUUCAUAACAUGAAUCUGUAGCCUUUAGAUGUCAGCCUAUGAAGAGGACACUUGUUUUAUUAAAUCAGCCAUUUACAGGAAACAUGUCAGAAAAAAAGAACUGUGCAGUGACUUAUUGGUUGUAUGCAAUAUGACCUGAUGCUAUUUGGAAACCUCAAGUCUCUGCAAUUUUGUGUUGCUAAUAGGUUUUCUUACAGAUGUCCUGAUCCAAUGGUAUAAUUUAUAUUUAGAAAUAUACUGUUACAGAACUGUCCAGAAACGUCUCUACAUCGAUAUCCUGCAUUAAACUCUAUAUCCCCCCUGAAA